GGAAAUGAUAGUAUUUUAAAUAUUAUUGAUAAUAUUGUGCUCUGUUAAAAUAACUUCGGUUCUCCAAUCAACAGCAAGGCCAGAGUAGACCCUCGCUCUCUCUUCCUAGAUCGCAUCCCCGGUGAUCUAGGUUUUCUCCUCCUCCGCUACAAUUUCUCACGAGAAGAUGGAAGAUAAUUUGGACGCCAAGGUAGACGCUCUAUUGAAUGUGGAGAAGCAGAUGAGACUGGCCGGUGAUGUUGCCGGGACGAAGAAGGCAGUUAUAGAGAUCGUGGAGCUUUGCUACAAGGCUGGAGCAUGGAAGACUCUCAAUGAUCAGAUUUUACUUAUCGCAAAGAGGAGGGGCCAGCUUAAGCAGGCUGUGACUGCUAUGGUACAACAAGCAAUGCAAUAUAUUGAUAAGACACCUGAUACUGAUACACGCGUGGAACUCAUCAAGACAUUGAACAAUGUCUCAGCUGGAAAGAUAUAUGUUGAGAUAGAGAGAGCACGCUUGAUAAAGAAACUUGCAAAAAUAAAAGAGGAGCAAGGCCUUAUAGCUGAAGCUGCAGAUUUGAUGCAAGAAAUUGCAGUGGAAACUUUUGGAGCAAUGGCGAAAACUGAAAAGAUAGCAUUUAUACUUGAGCAAGUACGCUUAUGCCUAGAUCGUGAGGAUUAUGUGCGUGCACAAAUUUUAUCAAGGAAAAUUAGUCCUCGGGUUUUUGAUAUAGACUCUUCCAAAGAAAAGAAAAAGCCCAAGGAAGGAGAUAAUGUGGUUCAAGAGGCUCCUUCUGAUAUACCAUCACUCCAAGAGUUGAAGCGCAUUUAUUAUGAGCUAAUGAUUCGAUAUCAUUCACAUAACAAUGAUUACCUUGAAAUCUGUCGUUGUUAUAAGGCAAUAUAUGAAAUUGGAUCAAUUCGGGAGAAUCAAUCGCAAUGGAUGCCAGUGCUAAGAAAAAUUUGCUGGUAUUUAGUAUUGUCACCACAUGAUCCAAUGCAGUCUAGCCUUCUUAGUGCUACUUUGGAUGAUAAAAAUCUGUCAGAGAUUCCUCAUUUUCGGUUGUUGUUAAAGCAACUUAUGACAAUGGAGGUGAUCCAGUGGACGAGUCUUUGGAAUAUGUAUAAAGAUGAGUUUGAGAGUGAAAAGAACUUGCUUGGGGGACCUUUAGUACCAAAGGCGGCAGAUGAUUUAAAAUUGAGAAUUAUUGAGCAUAAUAUCUUAGUUGUGUCAAAGUAUUAUUCAAGGAUCACCUUGAAAAGGCUUUCUGAUCUACUUUGUCUCAGUUUACAGGAGGCCGAGAAGCAUCUCUCAGAGAUGGUGGUAUCAAGCUCUCUGAUAGCCAAGAUUGACAGGCCAAUGGGAAUUGUUUCUUUCCAAAGGGCCAAAGACAGCAAUGAAGUUCUAAAUUCAUGGGCUCUGAAUCUGGAGAAAUUACUUGACCUCGUGGAGAAGAGUUGCCACCAAAUCCACAAGGAAACCAUGGUUCACAAGGCUGUUCUCAAGGCUUGAUUCAUACGCAUUUGAAUCUCAUAACUUUUCAUGGCGUAAAAGAAGUAUAUUUUAUAUUCUAGAGUUGGCCUUAUUUCUGAGAUUUUUUAGGUGUUUUAGUACGGCUUCGCUUUCAGUAGUUUUCUUUAUUUUCUUUUCUGUUUCUACACUUUUGCUGCAUGCUACUGAGAAUGCCUUCCAAUGCAGAGACCAUUCUAAUUGUAUUUGUUACAUUCACUUAUUGAAUCUUUGGACGAAACAUAACACAUAAUCAUCAUUAGCUGUAUUAAAAAUGUUUAAGAUAAGGUAUAUUCUUAUAGAUA